AUCGCGCUCAUUCAUGGAGCUCCGGCUUGUCUUCGAUGCAAUAUUCGUGAAAUUCUUUUAUACUGUGUUAGCUGGACUAAUAAUUUUGCGCAGAAGCGGUGCUUAUUACGAUUCGAUAACAUGUUACGGCACCGGAGACUGCAUUAUCAGUCUGACAUCAGGUGGUCACGCUGAUGACCAGCACAAAUGGAAUACAGAAUGCCACGAUGGGGAAGCCAUCGUCGCCAUACAAGAUUAUGGUUCAGACUAUCAAGGCUUUGGACAGGUGUGGUGCAAAUUUAUGUUCCCCCGUAAGCCGCCUACUUUUGGAAUGUAUCCCUAUUAUCCCUGGUGCAAUAUCAGAGAUAUGUCGCUGAAAGAAUACUACUGCUACGACAAAAUGUACCCAUCGGACACUUACGAUACUUUUAUGACCGCACUAUCGUCAAUGCAGUAUUUCCCAGGAGGCAUCAGUGUUUCAAAUUCUUACAAAUGCUGUCGGCUUCCAGAAGGAUACCAUCUGGAUUACCGCCGCUGCGAAUACAAAUAUACUCAUGAUAGGUGGGGAGAACACUACGAUGGCAUAUUUUGGUUUGUCAUAUGCGAAAAGAAUUAUUUAGUUACCGGUCUUGGACAGUCCACUAAUCCAUGGACAAAUGCACUGCAUUACGUUUGGAUUCAGUGUUGUCCAUUGGUGUUUAAUCCAUUUUUCCAGCCACCAUACCCUCCAAGUCCGAAAGCCGGCAAUACGACUCGUUCCAAACGCGAUGAGUUAUAGAUAGAAUCUUUUUAGUUUGAAAAAUGCUGCAGUAGUGCUGGGAAAUACAAAGUACGUACCAAAAAAUUUUUUAUGGACAACGCGUGUAUUUUAUUGUUUACAUCCUUCUUCAAAUCUUUGUUGACAACUUUUAAUAACAGUAUAUUUUAUUUAACGGUCCAUUGUUAAGUUUUCUUGUUUAAAGUUUUUUAUCGAAAUUUUUACGCAAUGCUGGUAAUGAUAGCACUCUUUUUUUCUUAAUUUGUCUAGCUGCCAAAAUGCGGCUUAAGCUGUGAUUAACGCAUGUAUCCUACUAAACAACAAAUAAUUUUCUGUGUUUUGCGAAAUUUUUUUGGGAAAUAGAAAAUGUUAGUUGCAGCAUGAUUCAGCGUUUUGAGUAUGUGCAGUUUUAAGAAUGUCUUGACAAUAAUACGCUGAUCUGCAUCUCACACGUUAAUUAAGUACCCUUUCAAGAAAAGAGACAUCUUCGUACCGGUUCUGCUUUUAUG